AUGGCGCGGCUGUGGCGGGCGCUGCGCAGGGCGCGGGGCUGGGCAGCCUUGGCGGGGCUGCGGGCUCGGCCGGACAAGUUCGGGGGUGUGAGCGUGGACCUGGGCGAGCUGCGCCAGCCCCCGCGGGUGGAGCGGGCCGCCUUCGGGCGGUGGCUGCGGGAUUCUGUGGCUCAGUGGCGGCAGGAAGGUCGCAUUGCCGUCUGGCUCCGUGUCCCCAUCCUCCAGAGCGGGCUUGUGGCAACAGCUGCUUCCCAAGGCUUUGCUUUCCACCACGCCGAGCAGGGCUCAUCCACCCUGACGCUGUGGCUGGGAGAGGGGCCCAGCAGGCUGCCAGGGUUUGCCACCCACCAGCUGGGGGUUGCAGGUGCUGUUCUAGAUGAAAGCACUGGAAAGGUGCUGGUUGUACAAGACAGAAAUAAGACUAUAAAUGCAUGGAAAUUUCCAGGAGGUCUGUCUAAUCCGGGAGAAGACAUUGGAGACACAGCAGUUCGGGAGGUUUUUGAAGAGACUGGCAUCAAGUCAGAGUUCAAGUCCAUCCUAAGCAUCAGGCAGCAGCACCACCACCCCGGAGCCUUUGGGCAGUCGGACAUGUACAUCAUCUGUCGCCUGCAGCCCUCCUCCUUCAACAUCAGCUUCUGCCAGCAGGAAUGCCUGAGGUGCGAGUGGAUGGACCUCGAGGAGCUUGUCAGGACAAAAAACUCUACUCCCAUCACCAGCAACGUAGCCAAACUCCUACUGUACGGGUACAGGGAAGGGUUUGAUAAGAUUGACUUAACCAUGAGGGAGUUCCCAGCUGUCUACACAGGCCUGUUCUACAAACUGUACCACAGGGAGCUGCCCGAGUCCUACAGAAACAUUACAUGA